GCGUUCUGCUGUUAAACCGCCACAGAGGAAGAAGCAGGAGAGGCGCAUGCUGACAUUGGGGCUCGGACUGCAGCGCUUGGGCGAGUCGCUGAGGCGCCGAGAAAGGCGGAGGAUUCAAGAUGGGUGCCUCAAUGACUACUUCUGCUACCACUGUGAAAGCAGAGACAGUGACAUUGCCGGCUCAGUUUGGUAAUGGCUCCUUGCCUCCACAGGGCUGCCCAAUGCAUCAGGAAAGCCAGAAGAGUUCUUAUCCAUCGGAGUGCCCCAUGCAUCAAGCUGAGCCUCCUGCCGGGCCAGUGCACCAAGACCGGGCCUACGAGUUUGUCGAGUGCCCAUUGAGAGCUGCAAAAGCAGGCACACAGGAAUUAUCUGACAUUGAUCCAGCAAAUAUGAUGCCCCCACCUAACCAGAAGCCGGCUCCUGACCAGCCUUUCUCUUUAUCAGUUAAAAGAGAGGAAUCCACCAUCCCCAGAGCUGGAACAGAUAACAACUGGGUUUAUCCCUCAGAACAAAUGUUCUGGAAUGCCAUGUUGAGAAAAGGAUGGCGUUGGAAAGAUGACAGCCUUUCCCCAGAUGACAUGACAAAUAUCAUAAAGAUCCACAAUCGCAACAACGAACAAGCUUGGGAGGAGAUCCUGAAGUGGGAGGCACUGCAUGCCGGUGAAUGUCCAUGUGGUCCAUCUCUGAAAAGGUUUGGUGGUAAAGCAAAGGAACUUUCACCCAGGGCUAGGAUACGUCACUGGAUGGGGUAUGAGUUACCUUUUGACCGACAUGACUGGGUAGUAGAUCGCUGUGGAAAAGAAGUCAGAUAUGUGAUCGACUACUAUGAAGGAGACAUUGACAAAGACACACAUCAGUUCUCAAUCUUGGAUGUACGUCCAGCCUUUGACUCUCUUGGAGCGGUAUGGGACAGAGUAAAGGUGGCCUGGUGGCGCUGGACAUCUUAAACUCUCUGAAAUCGCAUGGUCAUGCAGAGUUCUUCAAGCAUAUAAACUGAUGGCGAUGUGAAGUGGUAAAGCAGAUUCUAAUACAUGCAGAUUGCACGCUGGAGAUGAGAGUUUGUUUGAACUCUGUACUGGAGGCGUGAAUGUCUUUAAUUCUCUUCUGUUUUUGAAUGUAACUCAUGUAUAAUGAGCUUUUCUGAAGCAGAUGUGAAUAUGAACAUCUUCUUUGAGAAUUUUUCCUUUCCUUCGUACAGUUUAGGAGACAGUUUAAGGGAGCAUUUCACCCCAAAUCUGCAAUUUCUUACCAUUUAGAAGUGAACUGUCUUAUUGCUUUGCUGUUUAGUUUGAGGGCAUAGUCAUUGGAGAAUUACAGAAACUAUUACAGAAACUGUAAUAUUUUUCAUUUUUUUGGUAUCCCUUGUGAAAUUAAUGGUGCAUCCUGUUAGUUGAAUGGCAGCAAUGUAUUAGGGCUGUGUGUUUAGCCAUUUAAAGACAAAAAAAAUGAAGCAAAGUCACACAAGUGAGUGGUAUUAUUAAAAUUUCAUACCACUAGCCUAGGGUUUUCUCUAUGGAUUUUUGGUGUCUGCAGUGUCUCACUGAGCAUUUAGGCCCAGCCAACAACUUGUUGCCCUUUCUGCUAUGCUUUUGGUGAGAGAGGCUGAGCUAUAUUGUCAUUAUUUGAAUGAAUUAUUUGAAUUCUUCAUUCAAUUAUUUAAAUUAUUUGGUCAUUAAAACCAGUGUUUCAUCUUUUUAGUAUUUUUCUUACAAAUUUGAAAAAUACUAUUAAUCAGUGGAACGUAGAAUGGAUCAGUGCUAACGGGGAUUUUUAAAUCAUAUAAAUUGUUUGUUUUCAAGGAACGAGAAGUUCUGCAUCUUUUUUAUUAAAUGUGUAUCUCCUUUUUUCGUGCCCUUCUGAUGUCCAUGUGCUGGUCUGGUUUUGGUGUUUAGAAAGUGACGAGUGAUUUUUAUUGUCUGUGAAGUUCAUUAUAUCCACAGUACUUACUGAAAUGUUAGUGUCUGCACCAGUGGGUAAAGUUCCUGAAUUUCCAAAACCAAUGAAACUUGUAAUUGACUCACCAACAUGGUCUCUUUCUCUGUAUCCAAGCUAUUUUGGUUUUUAGAAGGGUGUAAUAAUGAGCUCAAAUAUUACUUUUUUUUUUUUUUUUUUAAAUAAAUAAAGAUGUGAUUUG